CACAACAUGAUCUGGGUCUAAGUGUUGUUUCCACUGGUGUUAAAACUAUCACUGGAUCUAAUUUGAAGAUACACAACGGGGGACCGUGGCAGAGUGAGAUUCUAUGCUCCUCUGGGGAAACUAAUUGACUGUAGAAGAAAGUUGAUCUACAAACUGAUUAGUCACCAGGAGAAAACAGACAGGUGAAAUAUGAUGAACGCCCUGGGUCUUGGUCUUCUUUGUUUACUCCUUUGGCCUGAGCCUGCAGAGGCUCAGUUUCCUCGAGUGUGCUGCACAGUGGAGGGCAUCCUGUCCAAGCAGUGCUGCCCUGCUCUGGGCUCAGAUCCUGCCAAUGUGUGUGGCUCUCUGUCGGGGAGAGGAAUCUGCUCUGCAGUUCGAGUCGACAGCAAACCCUGGGGAGGACCAUACAGACUGAGAAAUGUUGAUGACAGAGAGAGGUGGCCGACCAAAUUCUUCAACCAGACUUGCAGGUGUACUGGGAACUUUGCAGGUUAUGACUGUGGCCAGUGUAAAUUUGGCUGGACCGGGCAAAACUGUGACCAGAGGAAAGCUCCUGUGGUGAGGAAGAACAUCCACUCCCUGACCCCUGAAGAGCUCCAGGAGUUCCUGAAUGCUCUGGAGCUGGCUAAGACCACCCUCCACCCAGACUACGUUAUUGCCACCCAGCACUGGCUGGGACUCCUGGGACCAAAUGGAACCGAGCCACAGAUUGCCAACAUCUCCAUCUAUGACUUCUUUGUGUGGCAACAUUACUACUCAGUCCGAGACACUCUUCUUGGUCCAGGUCGCCCAUUCAAAGCCAUCGAUUUCUCACACAAAGGUCCAGCAUUCAUUACCUGGCACAGGUAUCAUCUUCUGAGCUUGGAGAGAGAGCUACAGAGACUGACUGGCAAUGAGAACUUUGCGAUCCCUUACUGGAACUUUGCCACAGGGCAGAGUGAGUGUGACGUUUGUACCGACUCUCUGCUGGGGGCCCGAAACCCAGAUAACCCCUCUCUCAUCAGUAACCAGUCCAGAUUCUCCAGAUGGGGGGUGGUGUGUAACAGUUUGGAUGACUACAAUCGCCUGGUGACUCUUUGUAAUGGCACGAGUGAGGGUUUCAUCCAGAGAGGGAUGAUGGAGCAAAGUAACAUGUCUCUGCCGACCAUGAAUGAUGUCAGAAGCUGUCUUGGAAUCAGGGACUUUGACAGCCCUCCUUACUUCACCAACUCCUCCUUUAGUUUUAGAAAUGCUCUUGAAGGGUAUGAAAAGCCAGAUGGAGAACUGGAUGAAUCAGUCAACAAUCUACACAACCUCGUGCACUCCAUGCUCAAUGGAACCAGCUCUUUGUCCCACUCUGCAGCCAACGACCCCAUCUUUCUGGUGCUCCACGCUUUCACUGAUGCUAUUUUUGACGAGUGGAUGAGGAGGUUUAUUCCAUCCAAUGCCACCUUCCCAGAUGAGAUGGCCCCCAUUGGUCACAACAGGGACUACAACAUGGUUCCCUUUUUCCCUCCGAUCACUAAUGAGGAGAUCUAUAUCACGUCUGAUCAGCUGGGAUAUUCCUACUCUGUUGCCCUGGAUGAGGCAGACGGAGGACCCACUGUGUUUGUGCUGGGCUCCACUCUGGGGGGAGUCUUCAUCGGUCUCCUGGUGCUUCUCCUUAUCUUUGUGCUCUACCUGCGUCAACGAAGAAACAGUGGCUUUGAACCUCUGAUAAAAGCAGACUUCACAAAUAGAAAGUACACAGAGGAAGCCUAGAUUUCACCUGUUGUUCUGAAAUGCACUUCAGUACUCAUACCUACCUAAGAGAGAUGGAGCAGACAGUCUACAAUGUUGUGUAAGCUCGACCCUGAAGCAAGAGGAAAAUACUAAUCGUGAAUGAACGACACUUGUACCUUUUAGAUGUUAAGACUAAUUUCAUACUAGACCAUAAUUUGAAUUGUACUAUCCACUGAAAAAUAUUGAUAGAAACUUACAAGUUUCAACUGAAGCCAAUCAAAAUAAAUGUACUUGAACUCAAACUGGUUUAGCCAGCUUACCAAAGUGUGACCUCAUUUCCAGCACUUUCUUUCCACAAUAUGCACCUUUAACAAUUUCUUUUCAACAGUCGCGACAAAUACGAAUCUAUUGGAAUGUUUUUAAUAAAUAUUUAUUCUCAAGAACAGUAACAAAACACAAAUGCAAUCAUCUUAAUUGCACUGAAAAACAGUAAGGCAUAUUUGCUCAUCUAGUUCUUCAUCCCCUCUCAGUUUGAAAUUAUAUUCAAACUCCAAACAGACUUCACCUCAUCAGGAUUUGAAUUCAUACAGCAAUGCAUUGAUUGUAAAAAAUGCUGACUUAUAGCGUUUCCUGCUAAUUCUAUUUUUCAGAUCAUUUGUCUGACCAGACAACCAUUUUCAAUAUUUUAUUGCAAAAAUAUUACCAUUAAAAGUUCAAUGAUACAAAACAUAAAAAGGGCAUCCUGUAAGGUCAAUAUUCAUAAUAAAGAAUCCUUUUGAAUGACACAUUUGACAGAUUUGUCUAUAUUUUUUGUUCUUGCAAUGUGGAUGCAAACGCUGACUUAAAUGCAACAAAGAAAAGCUCAACAAAUAUUCAUUGAUAUACUGCGAAGGGUAUAACACAGGCUAAUUCUGUGGAUAUGUAAGCUUAGCUGGCCUGGUGGUUAUGGAGCUGACGGGCUCUCAGAGAACAGUGGACGUACAUACAGGCUGGUUUUGUCCGCCCCCCUCAGCAGUGCCAGGCCUCUCACAUUCUCUGUAAGUACGCUCUACUGAGGAGCUUCACUGAAGCGUUCAGCCCUGUCCAGUCUCCACAGAUUCUCAUUUCACAGGUGACUGUGGUCGGCCUCAAGCCUGUCUGUGCAGCAGACAUAACCAUUCAAGCUUUGCAGAUAAAUUUAGGGACUCUUUCUUUGCAUUUCCAGUACCCACUGUGUGCUGUUUGCUGCUUCCUCUCUUAAUAAUUCCCUCACCUUUUACGUAACUGUGGUAAUCAUUUAUUUUUUUUGAAAAUUUUGUGAUUUACAAUUCGACUUGUUAAUACUGUCUGACAGUA